AUGGCUUCCUCACUUACGAGUGAUGACGAGGAUAUCUUCACCCGACUACAACAACCCGCCGAUCCCAAGGUAUUGGAGGAGCAGCAGCAAGCUGUCAAUGAGCGGAUCAAUGUCAUCUACCAAAAAGCGCAAGCUCGGCUUGCUGAAAUGAUCGAUGAGAACUCGACGUUGCCCUGCACGAUAUCCCGCAUCCAGAUACUCAAUGCGAAUCAUACGCGAAAAGGCUUUUUGGAACGCAUUUUCAAUCCCAUACUCAGUGCCAAUCAACCGCAACCAUACACACUAGCCGAAGCUUUGUCGCGUGUCUCUCAAGGAGCAAACAAAUUGAGCGGUUUCGAUAUCUUCCACGAACCAAUCUCGAUCUUUUUGGACAAGCCAACGGACCCCAAUGCGCUACCUACCGAUUUAGAUGUUUACCUGUCUGUUCGAGAGAAGUCGAGGAUCCUGUUGAAGACCGGCACUGACCUAGGCAACGCCGAAGGCUCUGCGUACGGGAAUCUCUUGUGGCGCAAUAUCUUCGGCGGUGCAGAGACAUUGAACUUGAACGCAUCUUUGGGAACACGGACCAGAUCUGCAUACCAGGCCGCAUUCGAGACACCUAUAUUGAGUGACCCCAACUUUCGUCUAGAAGUCGGUGCCGUAGCUAGUUCUACGCAGAAACCCUGGGCGGGUCAUGAAGAAAUUUUGAAGGGAGGAUGGGCCAGACUACGAUGGCAGACCCAAUCUGGCCAACGGCAUGAGCUUACAUAUAACGGAUUUUGGCGGCAGGUUACCGGGCUGUCACCAGACGCUUCGUUGGUUGUGCGGGGCGAUGCGGGCGACAGUGUCAAGAGCAGCAUUUCACAUACUUGGGUUCGCGACAGCAGAGAUCAUCCUCUUUUGCCAUCCAGCGGUACAUAUGCCAAAACCCUCAAUGAGGUAGCUGGUAUAGGGCCAUUGAAGGGGGAUGUUGCAUUUUGGAAGUCAGAAGUCGAAACCCAGGGCGCCAUUCCCAUUCCUGUUCCUUUCAUCAAAGGACCCAGCGGCGUCAGCUUUACGACAGGACUCCGGGCCGGACUAUUCUAUCCUCUUAGCCUCGGCUCAAACGCAACACCACAGCCAUCGCGAAUUAACGAUCGCUUCUUGCUCGGCGGUCCUACAGAUGUUCGUGGCUUCCGUCAAGCAGGCCUUGGACCGCGCGACGGCAGUGAUGCAGUGGGAGGCGAUCUAUAUGCCGCAGGAAGUGCCAACCUCUUUGUUCCUUUGCCUCGUGUCGGCAAAGAUACACCACUACGUCUGCAAGCAUUUGUCAACGCAGGCCGCCUCCUCUCCCUUCGCUCAUCCGGAAACGAACGUCCAAAGACUACCAACGAAGUCAAGGAUGCCCUUGUUUCAACAGUAAACGAGAUUGCCAACGGUCUUCCCAGCACUGCAGCUGGUAUCGGACUUGUUUAUGCGCAUCCGGUUGCCCGAUUUGAGCUGAAUUUCUCUCUUCCCAUAUACCAGCGCAAGGGAGAGGAGGGGAGGAAAGGACUCCAAUUGGGCAUAGGCAUCAACUUCUUGUAG